AUGGCUGCCCAACCACCUCCACCUUCGGCGUCCUCAGCCCCGCGGCAUGCGGAGCUCCGUCAUCUUCUUCAGCGCGCGAACCUCAUCGAAUAUCUGCCCAACUUUCUGCAGCAGGGAGGAGACGACGUGCGACAGUUGUGCGAGUCGGGCGACAAAGAAUUCCGCGAGAUCAUCCAACUCGUCGGACUCGCGUCGAAACCGCUGCACGUCCGACGCUUCACGCGCGCACUGCAGGAUUGGAGGACAACAUACGGGCUACCGGACCCUCUCGGUAGUCAGCAGUUCGCGCUAAAAUCGAAUGUUGUGGAUGUUGGUGUUCAGACGGACGUGCCGACUUUUCCCGAAAUACUCGUGUCGCCCAUUCUUGCGGACAUCGCCAAAGAUGCAGCACCGCAGUCUCCACCAACUAACAUUCCCACCAAAUGUAUCGUGGGCCUACCGACAGGCAUCGACUGGGACGAAGAACACAAAGAAAUAAUCAGCAAGUAUUCUGCUAUUUAUGGCCGACGGUCAAAAAACUCAAAGAAAAGGAAAAGCGGAGAACUGAAUAACCACGAAAUGGCAGUCAAUGCAGCAGCUGCAGAGCUCUGCAUGCGUGAUCCGACACUCUUGGUACAAAGAGAGGAACUAUUUGUUCGUGCUCGUUGUCUUGUCAGAGACAGUGGGUAUAAGUAUGUUCACGGCCAUUCUCGUUCCAAGUUGCUGCAAGUGAGAUUGACGACGUCGUCAUCAACAGUCGGGCUACACUCGGAGGACAUGAGCAGCAUUGAUCAGUUGGAUAUUGAGAGAGACGUUUUUAAUACAGACGAGUUGCUUCAAAAAGGAAAAGUUGUGGACGGGAAUUACUAUGGAGGAAAACGACGGCGAACAGGUUCGUCAGGUUCAGACAGUAGCAAUGAAGAUGACGGGACGGUGUUUGCUGGGGAUGGAGGGAUAGAAGCGGAUGCGGUCGCAAUUGCGGCGGCGGUGGAAGAGGUAGAAGAGGAGGUUGUCACCGAGGCUGGACAGCAUGGGAUUCCUACGGUGGCGAGUCUGGAGAUCGAUAAUGAUAUUACUCAUGCUGACAUGGUGACUGCAGAUGCAAUAGGGACGUUAGAUGUGUGAGCAAAUGUGGAUUAUUUAUCAUGUGGUAUGCUUGUCAUCUCCUGUAUGUAUGUAUGUAUGUAUCUAUAUUUAUUAGUUUGUCUGCUUAUCUGUCUGUCUGUCUGUCUAUCUGUCUGUCUGUCUGCUUAUCUGCCUGGCUGUUUGUCUGUCUGUCUAUCUGGCUGGAUCGCUGGAUGGCUGGCUGUUGUUUUGGAUACAACUUACUGUUUCUUAGAGGUCCAGCUCCACACUGUGUAUACCAGUGUUUUCAUUUUGUACUAUAUGAUUCUGUAACUUAGUGUAUGAUAUAAUCAUUCACAAUUCCUGAUUUCAGUGA